AUGGAGUACCUCAUCCGCUUCGCCCAAACGCAUGAGACUUUCCGACAACCGGAAAUUCAGGCGCUAGCCUGGUUGCACAAUAUAGAUCUUGAGAUCGUCUCCUACAAUGAACUCUCCCCAUACUGUGUCGUACGGCUCCCAAAUGAAGAAGCAGCACGUACUCUUGUCUCCCGCAGCAUCCUAGUAAAGGAUAUCUUCGAACUCUGGGGGCAGGGCACCACUUAUGAUGCCGUCCAUGCCGAUGUCCACAGGAAAACGCAGCAUCUCUGGGCUCAGUACAAGGACAUACCAUUCCGGUUUACAGUUGAGACAUUCGCUGGAAAGCGCAGCUCAUCCCAAAAAAGAGAUAUUAUACAAUCAUUUUCUUACCUUGGCUUCGAAGGCCCAAUCACCUUAAAGAGCUUUGAACAGGACUUCUGGGUGCUAGAACAGUAUUACGAUGUCACACAUAUUCCGGCUGCGGAGAAAUCGCAAACUCUAAACAAAGGGCCAGAUCCAAUAAAUAUAUACAUGGGUCGCUUCGUCUCAGAGAGCAGCCGUGAGGUCAUCAACAAGUAUGACUUAAAGAAGCGUCCGUACAUCGCCACUACAUCUAUGGACGCUGAGUUGAGUCUAGUCACUGCAAAUAUGGCUGGUGCAGCACCAGGAAAGUUAUUCUAUGACCCUUUUGUUGGAACAGGUAGCUUCUGCGUUGCUGCAGCUCAUUUUGGCGCCCUGUCUUUUGGCUCUGAUAUCGAUGGGCGAAGCUUCCGUGGGAAGGAAAUGGCGAAGUGGAAGACCACAGGUGUACAACUGAACUUUCAACAAUAUGGAAUCACCAGCAAAUUUGGUGAUCUGUUCACUUCAGACCUGACUAACACGCCUCUAAUUGACCGUCAAUUUCUUGACGGUAUCGUUUGCGAUCCGCCUUAUGGAGUGCGCGAGGGCCUACGGGUUCUAGGGACGCGAGACAACCGCCCAAAAGAAGAAGUCAUCAUCGAUGGAGUGCCCGCACAUUAUCGGCCCGGGUACAUUGCCCCUAAGAAACCGUAUGGAUUCGAAGCCAUGAUCAACGAUAUUCUCAACUUUGCAGCCAGGACCCUAGUCACAGACGGACGCUUAUGCAUGUGGAUGCCUACAACUAGCGAAAAAGAAGCGGAGUUUCCGGUCCCAAUGCACCAAAAUCUAGAAGUUAUCAGUAUCUCCGUUCAACCAUUCAGUAAUUGGACACGACGACUAAUCACAUACCGGAGACUUCCAGAAGGUGUUCUGUCGGAUGUAUCCUCAGGGCGCCAGAAGGGUGAUGAUAGCGGCGUGUCAGCCGAUGAUUUGAAUGCUUUCAGAAGACAGUAUUUCAUGAAGAACCCAGACCCAAAACAAAACAAGAAAAGUCCAAUCCCAGCAGUGCAGUGA